GUUAGGGGCGGCGGCGGCAUAGCGCGAGGGUAGGGGUGAACCGGGCGACCGAGCAAGCGACAGCCAUGGCGUUCUGGCAGGCUCGCGAUUUCCUCUUCUGCGGCGUGUGCGGCAGCCUCCUCACCUUCGACUCCGUCCGCUCCGCCUCGUGCCCUCUCUGCGGCUUCAAGCGCAAGGCCAAAGAGAUUGAAGGGAAGGAAACACGGUACACCGUCACCGCCGAGGAUAUUCGAAGGGAGCUAAAGAUCGAUCCGUUUGAGGAGGUUUUGGUACGAAGACCUGUGACAUCAAAAACCUGUCCGAAGUGCAACCAUUCAAAAGCUGAAUACUACUCUAGACAGGUGCGUGCAGCAGACGAGGGAGAGACGACAUUCUACGAGUGCACUGAGUGCCGUCACACGUUCAAAGAGAACUGAGUGCCGGCACAAAGUUCACAGAUUAAAAUAGUUGCAAUAUGUUUGCUCAAGUGUAUUACAUGGAUGUGCACACUCAUGCUUUGUGCCAAACUCCUUUUUUGAUGGAACCUCUGUACUGAGGAUUAGAUUAUUACUCGUGUAUUUUAUAUCAAUAGCACGUACCGUAAUAAGUGCUACUACUUUCCCAUUACUUUCUAAACGUGAUUGACCUGAAAGCUGCAUAUCUGAAGCGUGCUCAUUGAAUUA